AUGCCAGCGGCAUCUCCUCAAACAAUAAAACUAAAAUCGACUCUUCGCCUCCUCAUCCCUCGUCUCCGCAAUGCACAGAAGAAAGACACCGCCAUCUCCGUGUCAGCGCGCCGCGAAAUGGCCGAACUGCUUGCUCAAUCCAGGGAAGCGUCCGCCCGCAUACGCGUCGAGAAUAUUAUCCACACCGACAUCACCGUGGAGCUGAUGGAGAUCCUGGAACUCUACGCCGAACUCCUCCUUGCCAGGGCAGGCCUGUUGGAUGUCCGAGACAAGAACAUCAAGGAAGGCACAGCGCAGGCGGGCGAUGAUACCGGUUUGGAAGAGGCGGCAGCGAGCAUUAUAUACUCUGCGCCGCGGUUGCCCCGGGAUGUGCGGGAGCUGGGCAUCGUGCGAAGCAUGCUGAUCGAGCGGUUCGGCAAGGACUUUGCGAUUCGCGCGAACGAGAAUGAAGACAACUGUGUGCCCGCUCGAGUGGUAGAUAAGUUAAAAGUCGAUCCACCAAGUGCGAAACUGGUGCAGGCAUAUUUGGAGGAGAUUGCAAGGACUUAUGGAGUGGACUGGCCUCCGCAAAGGGAAGAAGAGCAGGUCGAGGCACUGAGUAAGGAAGUCGAUGGUGAGAAUGCUGGAGAUGAUGACGGCGAGGGCGGUGGUAUGAAAGAGCCACCUUUGCUUGCGGACGGGGCAUCAACAAACCCAGCGACACCAUCACGGCCGAACAAGAUCGACAUUACGGGGUCUUUACAGAAUGCGACACCGCCUUCGAGCUUGGAGCCUGGAGGUGCAAAAAGCCCUGUCUCGAUAGCUCCUCCUGGCGCGACAUCUGACAAUCUCAGCCCAAGGGUCAAAUUGCCCGGCGGAGGGGAGAUCAGAAAGGGCUUCAACAAUGCGAAAUCCACACCACCCACGGGGACUGCAAAGGGGAAGAGCCCAGGUGCAGGUGGAGGGGCCGGAGGGGUGCCUGGAAAUGUUCCGACCGUAGACGAUUUGGCAAAGAGGUUUUCGGCGCUCAAGAGAUGA